AUGGGUAAGAUAAAGAAGAAGGGAACAUCAGGUAAUGCCAAGAACUUCAUAACCAGAACACAAGCUGUUCGUAAAUUACAAGUUUCAUUAGCUGAUUUCCGUCGUCUUUGUAUCUUCAAAGGAAUUUAUCCUCGUGAACCAAGAAAUAAAAAGAAGGCCAACAAAGGAUCAACUGCUCCUGUUACUUUUUAUUAUGCUAAAGAUAUUCAAUACUUAUUGCAUGAACCAGUAUUGGCUAAAUUCAGAGAACAUAAGACUUUUGCUAAGAAAUUACAACGAGCAUUAGGUAGAGGUGAAGUUAGUGAUGCUCAAAAAUUGGAAAUUAAUCGACCAAAAUAUACUUUGGAACAUAUUAUUAAAGAAAGAUAUCCCACAUUUUUAGAUGCAUUAAGAGAUAUUGAUGAUCCUUUAAAUAUGUUAUUUUUAUUUGCUAAUAUGCCUGCAACUGAUAAAGUAAGUACUAGAGUUACUAAAGAAGCUGAAAGAUUAUGUAAUCAAUGGUUAGCUUAUGUUGCUAAAGAAAAGUUAAUUAAAAAAGUAUUUGUUUCAAUUAAAGGGGUUUAUUAUCAAGCUAAUGUUAAAGGCCAAGAAAUUAGAUGGUUAGUUCCAUUUAAAUUCCCGACUAAUAUCCCAACAGAUGUUGAUUUUAGAAUCAUGUUAACCUUUUUAGAAUUUUAUUCAACAUUAUUACAUUUUGUUUUAUACAGAUUAUAUAAUGAUUCCAAUUUGAUUUAUCCUCCAACUAUUGAUAUUGAGAAAUUGAAAGGAAUUGGUGGAUUAUCAUCUUAUGUUUUACAAUCUAAAGAACAAGGUGUUGGUGCUUUAUUACCCCAUGAACAAAAGAAACAACAACAAGAAGAUGACGAAGCUAAUACUGAAGAAGGAAAAGAAUUAUCUCAAGAUGAACUUUCUAAAGCCAUCAAAGCUGAUGAAGAUGUUGAAGAAGAACAACAAGAAAAUGGACAAGAAGAUGCAUCUGCUAAUGUCGAAGAAGUUGAAUUGGAUGAAUUCGAAGCUACUAACAAAACUACUGGUGAUUUAUUAUCUCAACCUUCCAAAUAUGCAUCUCCAACAUCUAGUUUAUUUUCUAAAUUCAUCUUUUAUGUUGGUCGUGAAGUUCCUUUGGAUAUUCUAGAAUUUUGUAUCUUAUCAAGUGGUGGUUCAAUUGUAUCUGAAAUUGCUUUGGAUGAAUUAAAAUUAAGAGAUCCUGUCGCAUUUAAGAAAUUGGAUUUAUCUAAUAUUACUCAUCAAAUUAUUGAUAGACCUAAGAUUUUACAAAAAGUUGCUGGUAGAACAUAUAUUCAACCACAAUGGAUCUUUGAUUGUAUAAAUAAGAGUGAAUUAUUACCGGUGAAUGCUUAUGCUCCUGGUGAAACUUUACCUCCACAUUUAUCUCCAUGGGGAGAUGCUGGUGGAUAUGAUCCAGAAGCAAAGGCUGCUCAAGAAGGUGCCGAAGAAGAAGAAGAAGAAGAAGAGGAAGAAGAAGAGGAAGAAAUUGAAGUAGAUGAAGAAGAUGUUGACAAAGAAGAAGAAGAGGAGGAUGAAGACCUUAAGGCUCAAAAAGAAUUAGAAUUGGAAGCUGCUGGUGUUAAAUUCUCGGAAAUUAAAGAACCUUCUUCCAAGAAAUCUAAAAAGAGAUCUGCUCCAGAAGAUGAAGAAGCUGAAGAAAAGGAAUUGAAGAAGAUUAUGAUGACUAAUAAACAACGUAAGUUGUAUAAGAAGAUGCAAUAUGGUAUUGAAAAGAAAGAAGCUAGACAAGAUGAAUUAUCCAAGAAAAGAAAGAAGAUUGAAAAGACUAAAGCUGAAUUGGAUAAGUUGAAUAAGAGCAAAUCAAACAAGAAGUCUAAGAAGUAG